ACAGCUGUCGAUCUGGCUGCUCUGGAAUGUGCUCUGUAGACCAGGCUAGCCUUGAACUCAGAAAUCUACCUGUCUCUUCCUCCCGGGUGCAGGAUUAAAGGCUUGUGGCACCAAUGCUCAGCUGGGAGAUUCUUUACAAAUGUCAGAAAUCACAGACGAGUGGAAAAUUGCCCUAUCAUUGUUGCGGGAAAUAUAAAAUGAACGCCAAGCUUCCGCACUUCUCCCAGCUACUCUCAGCCCCAGCAGUCCCACCAGCCAGUUCUUAACUCCUGGAGACUCUCUGAGUCAGAGCUCCAAAAUCUCUCCACCCAGCUUGCUAAGUUCCCACUGGCGGGUUGCUACUAUACCAACCCUAUGCUUCAAAACCCACACGGCCUUUGUGGUGCACAUCUGGCAAACCCACGCUUUGCCUUCGUACCUUUCUCUUUUGAACCCAGACGAGCUGCCACAAGAAGGAAAAUGCAACACAAACUUAGUUCAGAAAAAAAAAAUUGUAACUCAAUCACUGGGCACAGCAGCUAAAAUCUUGUACGCCAUAUUAAAUCUAAAUCCUCCGGUUGCGAAUCCUGACGGAUCCGCCAUUGAAACCAGGAGACACUAGUAAUUACAUCUUGUCCUCACACUAUCCCUGUCGAAAAAGACCAAACUCUCCUGCUUCCUCUCUUCCUCCGUGCAUCCUGGAAGUCGCCCCUACUUGCUCAGUGAUUGACUCCUUUAUUCAUUAGGGGAUUGAUUCACAAGAAGCCUGAGUGUAUGACUCACUCCUUGUCCGCAACCCCUCCCAGGAGAGCAGAAUUAGCAUCAAAAUACAAACAGCACCAGCGCCAUCUACAACAGGACACUGGCAGGGAAAUCUCAGCAUCCAUCCAAGUCUACAGAGAAAGGCUGCAGGAAAGGAUUUAACCAACGUUGGUGACUGGCAGAACCGUCGUUGACCUACGCGUCCCUUUCUCACAGGAAGCCCCUCUGUAUCUGAGGUGCAGAGCUGCAUGUGCUCAGGACUCAGCCAUUUCCGGUGCAAGUGGAGAGGGGCCCUGUCUAGGUCGGGCUGUCCUUCAUGACCCAGGUCCAUCUGUGGUUCAGACCUAUGCUGCUCCCACGGACUCCCCCAGGCUGUAUCUCAGAUAAAGAGUUCUUUCUGACAGCUCCAGGGCUCUGAAGGUCAAGGAUCAAGCCCCCACUGGAGGAUGCUGGGCAGGUUGUGGUUUGAGUGAGAACGCCCCCCACAGGCUCAUGUUAAAAUGCUUAGUCACCAGGGAGUAGAACUCAUUGAAAGGAUUUGAAAGACAGGAGGUAUGGCCUUGAUGGUGAAAGUAUAUCACUGGGCAUGGCUAGAGAUUUUAAGAGCACAUGUGUCUCUUUGUCUCUCCAGUAUGGAUGAGGAUUUAACUCUCCCUCCCAUGCCCGCUGCUGCCAUGCUCUUGCCAUGAUAAUGCACUAAACCCCUAAAAGUGUACGCAAGCCUCUAAUUAAAUGUUUCCUUUUAUAAGCGUUGCCUUGGUCAUGAUGUCCCUUCACAGCAACAGAAGAGUGGCCCAGAUAGCCCAUGUUCUACCACCAGGUCACUCCCACAGCCCCUCACUAGGGGAUUCUGGGCAGUGCUCUACAACUGAGCCGGUCCCCCACCCCUCAUAGGGGGUUUCUAUGCAGAAACUCUGACUCUGCUGCCUAAUUAGGCAACUGCAGCUGUGCAGUUUCCCUGUUAGCUUUUAUAAUGUAAUACAGUAUGGGAUCUCAAUUUUAAAAAAAAAUGUAUCCACAGCAAGAUCUGCUGGCCCUCUCCUUUAAUCACAGCACUUGGGAGGCAGAGGCAGACAGAUCUGUCAGUUCGAGGCCAGCCUGGACUACUGGGGGAGUUCCAGGACAGCCAGGGCUACACAGAGAAACCCUGCCUCGGAAAAACAAAACAACAACAAAAACAAAGAAGUAUCCACAGUUGACUUUCAUGGAAUUUCAGAAAUGAAUAAACCGAAAAGCAACACAGAAGAGCGACCUACCAAAAGGAAUCCCCUUAGUUAAAAAGGUUCACCGAAGCUUUGCCAUUCCGGGGAAUAUAGUCCCCAGAGAGUGCAGCCACUGAGGAAUUCUGGGAAUUGUAGUUCCAACGCCAGUAGUGGUCAAGGUCGUUUCCGCUCCCGGGAGGGGAGGAUGUUUGUGAGUGCUUCCUGUGAGGUGAAAACCUGGGCCAUCGCUCUGCAUUUCCUUUGCGCCUGUGCUCCUGAUGUAUCCCCUCAGUGACCGCAUCUGCGGCCCAGGAACAAGCCCGGCAUCCAGGUCCUCUCUCGCUGGGCUCUGCCUGAGGCGGGGCUGCCCUACACUGACACACCUCAGCCCCUUGCAGAGCCCCAGGAGAGGCUAGCUUCCCAGGGGAGCCUGGCAGGGGAGCUAUGAUGAGAGAUGGCCCAUGUCCUGAAUCCUUAAGUGCUUGCUUCCCAGAGCCCUGCCUUGUCUCAAAGAGAAGAGAACAAUGACCAAGUUACAGGAGAUGGUGACCUUCAGGGAUGUGGCUGUUGUCUUCAGCGAGGAGGAGCUGGGGCUGCUGGACGCUGCUCAGAGGAAGCUGUACCACGAUGUGAUGCUGGAGAACUUCAGGAACCUCCUGGCAGUGGGAUGCCAGAGUCCAAAUAAGAUGGCGCCUCUUGACACAACAGGAAUAAGGUGCCUUCCAUUGGGGCAGCUUCCAUGUUGGCAAAUGACCAGCCAUGAUGUCAACAAACUAGCCAGAGCUCCAGAAGAUGGAAUAAACACUCCAGGAAAGGGUCCUCACCUCCUGGAGCAGUGCCACUCCUCCUGCCACUGGGGAGCAGAGCAGCCUUCUCAGGCCCCCGAGGAUGACGGCUGUCUGGAGAAUCUCCCAAGCAAUCAUUCCAGCAGUAGUGACAAUCAGGAAUUUCUCUCUGGGAGGGCUCAGAGUUCUUGGAGUAAGGCACACUUUAGUGAGAGAUGGAACCAUGAGAAACACUGUCCUCAGACUCUGGUGAAAACGAAGUCUCAGCUGUUGGCUCCAGGUGUUAACAUUCUGGGUUGCAUUUCCCACCACGAUCACAAUAUACUGCAUAAAAGAGAUAAAGUCCCCAGCAGCGGUGACUGUGAUCAAGUCAUUUUUCCCAUGACGCUCCUCACCCAGCAUUGUGUUUAUAGAGAACAGAAGGCCUACCAGUGCAGCAGGGGCCAAGAAGUCUUCAGUGACAGCCCUAGUCUGGAACUUCAUCAACAGACCCUCUUAGGAAAGAAGUCCCCUGUGCAUAGUACUCACAAGGACACCAGGCAUAGCCCCAGUGUCCCCAUUCAACCAAGUGUUCAUCCAGGAAGAAAGCGCUACUGGUGUCAUGAGUGUGGCAAAGGUUUCCGUCAGAGCUCAGCACUUCAGACUCACCAGAGAGUGCACACAGGGGAGAAGCCCUACAGGUGCGACAGCUGUGGGAAGGGCUUCAGCCGCAGCUCGGAUCUCAACAUCCACCGCCGAGUGCACACUGGAGAGAAACCUUACAAGUGUGAGGUGUGUGGGAAGGGCUUCACACAGUGGGCACACCUCCAGGCCCACGAGAGAAUUCACACAGGAGAGAAGCCAUAUAAGUGUGGAGACUGUGGCAAGCGCUUCAGCUGUAGCUCGAACCUCCACACCCACCAGAGAGUCCACACUGAGGAGAAACCUUAUGAGUGUAAUGAGUGUGGGAAGCGCUUCAGCUUAAGUGGCAACCUAGACAUCCAUCAGCGGGUCCACACAGGAGAGAAGCCAUAUAAAUGUGAAGAGUGUGGGAAGGGUUUCAGUUCAGCCUCAAGCUUCCAAAGCCACCAGAGGGUCCAUACCGGAGAGAAGCCAUUUCACUGCAGUGUCUGUGGGAAGAACUUCAGUCGGAGCUCACAUUUUCUAGAUCACCAAAGAAUUCACACUGGGGAAAAACCGUAUAGAUGUGAAGUGUGUGGGAAGCGCUUCCCCUGGAGCUUGAGCCUUCAUAGUCACCAGAGUGUGCACACAGGAAAGAAACCGUAUAAAUGUGGGGAGUGUGGGAAAGGCUUCAGUCAUGCCUCCAGUCUGCAGGCCCAUCACAGUGUCCACACCGGUGAAAAACCAUUCAAAUGCAAUGUUUGCCAGAAGCAGUUCAGCAAGACCUCAAACCUCCAGGCCCACCAGAGGGUUCACACAGGGGAGAAGCCCUACAAAUGCGACACGUGUGGGAAAGCCUUCAGCCAGAAGUCCAGUCUCCAAGUCCAUCAGAGAAUUCACACUGGGGAGAAGCCGUUCAAGUGUGAGGAGUGUGGGAAGGAAUUCAGAUGGAGCGUGGGGCUGAGUUCUCACCAGAGGGUCCACACAGGAGAGAAACCCUACACGUGUCAGCAGUGUGGGAAAGGUUUCAGUCAGGCCUCAUAUUUCCAUAUGCACCAGAGGGUCCACACUAUAUAGAGACCUUAAAUCGGCCAUAUUUGCUGUAGGGGCUAUAGUCAGAGAUCACAUCUUGUCUUCCACCAGAGAAUCCACACUGCAUGGAAUCUUUAGUUUCUGCUGUCAGGUGGGCUCUUGGCUGAUGAUUGUUAAAAGUAUCCCCAACACGCAGAGUCUUCAGGAGACUUCAUAGGAGCUUUAUUUUGGUAUUUUUGCCCUCAACUUAUUCUCCUACUGUACUCAUUAUGCAAAGGGAAGAGAGUAUUUUAGAAUGGAUCUUCUUAGCAUAUAAAUAAAAGAAUUAAACGUAUAUAGAAAAGGAUUCUGAUUUAAUUAUAAAAGGAAACAUUGGCAAUUGUGAGGAACAGGCCCAACAGGAAUUGUAGGGCAUCAUACUAAUGCUGAUAUUAUAUCAUUAUGGGUAAUCAAUAAAGAUUGGCAAAGAGCUUGUAGCAACUGAUAGGAGAAUUUAACAACUAUCCUAAAACCAAAUGACUUCAGUUUAUACAAAGUAAUUGGAUUCACCCCAUAUUGUAAAGAGAACAUCAAUUCCUGGAGCCCUUACAUUUUAUACUAAUGUCAAUAAGUUGGAAAUGGCUAGUUAUAAUUCAGAAAAAACAUAAUCAAAGUCAUUCAAAGUCCA